AUGCUGCCGCCGCUGCUGCUGCUGCUGCUGCUGCUGGCCGCCCGCGGGCCGCCGCCCUGCGCCGCGGACACCCCGACGCCCGCGAGCUGGGAGCCGCCGGCCGACACGCCCUGGUGCCCCUACAAGCUGCUGCCCGAGGACCCCGAGGCGAGCGGCGCGGCGCGCCUGUGCUUCCGCACCGCGAUGCGCGGCUUCCGCUGCGAGGAGCCCGGCUGCAAGGCGCACACCUCGGCCGGCGGCAUGCUGCGCGCCAGCGUCCUGCGCAACCGCAGCGUGCUGGUGCAGUGGCGCCUGCCGGCCGGCCGCGCGCGCCGCCUGCGCUCCCUGCUGCUCGAGUGCUCGUGGCGCGGCGCCUACACGCGCUUCCCCUGCGAGCGCGUGCUGCUCGGCACCUCCUGCCGCGACUACCUGCUGCCCGAGGUGCACGAGGGCGUGCGCUACCGCCUGUGCCUGCAGCCGCUGCCCGUGCACAGCCAGCGCGGCAUCGAUGACAUCCCGCCCCCCGAGUGCGUGGAGUUCGUGGCGGAGCCGGGCGGCAUGCGCGACAUCGUGGUGGCCAUGACCGCCGUGGGCGGCUCCAUCUGCGUCAUGCUGGUGGUCAUCUGCCUGCUGGUGGCCUACAUCACCGAGAACCUCAUGCACCCGUCCUUCGGGCGCCCCGGCCUGCGCCGCCAGCCCUGA